CGCGCAAAUUCAUUUAGUAUAAAACUGUGCGGAUGGUUCUUGAUUAGACACAGUUCAAUUAGUUCUAUCGAUUAGACAACAACCAACCGCGCAGGUCUCAUUUCAACAAAAUGGCAUUCAAGUUCGUUACCUUCCUCGCUCUGGUGGCCGUUGCCCGUGCCGGAGUUCUGGCUCCAGUUGCCUACUCGGCUCCUCUGGCUUACGCUACUCCAGUUACCAAGACUUUGGUGGCUGCUCCACUCACCAAGACCAUUGUCGCCGAUGAGUACGACCCCAACCCACAGUACUCCUACUCGUACGGAAUCUCCGAUACCCUGACCGGUGACCAGAAGUCCCAGCAGGAAUCCCGCAGCGGAGAUGUCGUUCAGGGAUCUUACUCGCUGGUUGAUGCUGAUGGUUACAAGCGCACCGUUGACUACACUGCUGAUCCGAUCCACGGAUUCAAUGCUGCUGUCCGUCGUGAACCUCUGGCCGUCAAGACCAUUACUCCAGUCGUUGCUGCCAAGACCAUUGUUGCCCAGCCUGCCUAUGCUGCCUAUGCUGCCCCAGUUGCCAAGACUGUCUCCUACGCUGCUCCAGCUUUGACCAAGACCAUCGUCUCGCAGCCAGCUUAUGCCACCUAUGCCGCUCCUUUGGCCGCCAAGACCAUCAUCUCGCAGCCAGCUUAUGCCAGCUACGCUGCUCCAGCUUACUAUCACUAAGUGGUUCGACUGAUUGUUAUUUAGAAUGAACGUUGAUUGACUGUGACCUGCCUAAUUUAAUGCCAAUAGAAUAUUGAAUAGAUGGAAAAUCAUCCAAAAAUCAA